CCCAUCUCAGAUUUUGCACUGGUUUGACAAAGAUGAGAGAAAGGAAUGUUGGGAAGUGUUUGUUAUUCCUUCUUUGUUUGAAUGUUGUCUCAAGUGUAGUGAUUGCUGCUGCUCCACCAACUUGUCCUGCUGAUACUGGCAGUGAUUGUGGGAGUGAUUCAGGUGAAUGGGAAGGGGAGUUCUUCCCUGGAAUUCCAAAAAUUAAGUAUGAGGGUCCUUCUAGUAAGAACCCGCUUUCCUUUAAAUGGUACAAUGCCGAGGAGGAGAUUCUUGGGGAAAAGAUGAAGGAUUGGAUGAGAUUUAGUGUAGCAUUUUGGCAUACAUUUCGUGGCACAGGAGCUGAUCCAUUUGGUGCUCCUACAAAGACGUGGCCAUGGGAAGAUGGUACCAACUCCCUGGCUAUGGCCAAGAGAAGACUGAGAGCAAACUUUGAAUUCCUGGAGAAACUUGGAGUAGAAAGAUGGUGCUUUCACGAUAGGGACAUUGCUCCGGAGGGCAAGACCCUUGAGGAAACAAAUGCAAACUUGGAUGAAGUGGUGGCUCUUGCCAAAGAGCUUCAGGGAGAUAAAAUUCAUCUUUUGUGGGGUACAGCUCAAUUGUUCCUCCAGCCUCGCUACAUGCAUGGUGCUGCUACUAGCUCCGAAUUAGGUGUAUAUGCAUAUGCUGCUGCUCAGGUCAAGAAAGCCAUGGAGGUUACACAUCAUCUUGGGGGAGAAAAUUAUGUCUUUUGGGGUGGUCGAGAAGGCUACCAGAGCCUCCUAAACACAGAUAUGGAAAGAGAACUUAACCAUAUGGCAAGGUUCAUGGAAGCUGCUGUCGCUUACAAAAAGAAGAUUGGCUUCAAUGGAACAUUACUAAUUGAACCAAAGCCUCAGGAGCCAACAAAACACCAGUAUGACUGGGAUGCUGCAACUUCUGCUAAUUUCUUACGCAAAUAUGGGCUUAUAGGAGAGUUCAAAUUAAACAUCGAGUGCAACCAUGCCACUUUGGCUGGUCACAGCUGCCAUCAUGAGCUUGAAACAGCAAGAAUUAACGGUUUGCUGGGCAACAUUGACGCAAAUUCUGGCGAUCCCCAGAUUGGUUGGGACACAGAUCAGUUUUUGAUGGAUGUCGCUGAGGCAACAUUGGUGAUGCAAACCGUUAUUAAAAAUGGAGGAUUGGCACCAGGAGGAUUCAACUUUGAUGCGAAAUUGCGGAGGGAGAGUACCGAUGUUGAAGACCUAUUUAUUGCUCACAUUGCUGGUAUGGACACUCUAGCCCGUGGCCUCAGAAAUGCUGCCAAGCUAAUUGAGGAUGGCUCGUUGAGUGAUCUUGUCAGAAAGCGAUAUCAGAGUUUUGACUCCGAGCUUGGUGCUGCAAUUGAGUCUGGGAAGGCAGACUUUGAACUGCUCGAGAAGAAGGCGCUAGAAUGGGGAGAACCUAAAGUUCCUUCUGGAAAGCAGGAGCUUGCAGAGAUGAUUUUUCAGUCAGCAUUGUAGAAAUCAGAGUUUUAUACUUAGCAGCAGCU